AUGCUGGCCUCGGCCUCCACGCGUGUCCUCUCGACCUCUGGUCCCCAGCGCUUCGGCUCGAUCAUAUCCCGGCGCACAGGUGUGAUGGUGUGCGUGGCUGCCCAGCCCAGCGCCCCUGAGGCGCUGGAGGAGAGCCCCUUCCCCAGACUGGGCCGGAACGCCGCCCUGUACAAGGAGGUGGGCGGGGGGAAGAAGUUCCGGCAGCACGUGAACCCCCUGAAGAAGGAGCUGGCCACCCCUCCCCCUCCCCCCGACUGGGCGGCCGUGUACGCCGACCCCGGCCUGCCCCUGAUCGUGGACGUGGGCGCGGGGUACGGCCGAUUCCUGCUGGGCCUGGCCCAGACAGGUGCGGCGGGCGGCCUGCACAACCACCUGGGAUUCGAGAUCCGGGGCAGCGUGGUGGACAGGGCCCAGGACUGGGCAGCGGCGCUGGGCGUGGCGCGCAGCGUGCAUUUUGUGCUGGCCAAUGCCACCCUCAGCCUGGGCCCCGUCCUCCGCUCCUACCCCGGGCGGCUGGACCUGGUGACCAUCCAGUUCCCGGACCCCCAGUUCAAGAGGCGGCACCGCAAGCGCAGGAUCGUGCAGCGGGGGCUGGUGGACAGCGUGGCGGAGCUCAUGCCGCGCGGUGGCCGGGUGUUCCUCCAGUCUGAUGUCCUGGAGGUCGCUGAAGACAUGCGGGACCACUUCCUUGCACACCCGGCCUUCUCGCCUGCCCCUGGCCAUGACGCGCCAGACGCUGUGUUCCAUGCGCGAUCCAGGCAUCAACUGGACAUGGGGCUCAAGGGCAACGACAAGGAAGGCUGCUCUGGCGGGGAGGAAGGCUUGGCCCUGGGGGAACCGCCCUGCGCAUCCCUGGGCUGGCUCCGGGAAAACCCACUGGGCAUGCCGACUGAGAGGGAGGUGCUGACGCAAAGGCAGGGUGGUGCCGUGUAUCGAGUCCUACUGGAAAGGAGGUGA